UCAAGCUAUUGGUUAAAACAGGAUGUUGCAACUAACAGUCGUAUACCACGAUUAAAAAAGGCUGCACUUACAAUGAUUGAUCAAGAAGACUCGACUUGCUGUGAUGAUGACUUUACUUGGGUAUACGCUCACAACCAUCAUGAAGCGCCAAAGGCUUCCGUUGAAUCUGACCGACGAUCCGUUUCACAAACAACAGCAACUCGAUCGGUUCCACGUGACCAACAACGUAGUCGAGAAAUGUCAAUACAAAAAACUGAUCAAUGUCAAUCCACAGCUAACACAAUUAGUACGGGGAAGCAGUUCCUUGUUGCAGGCAAGCCACCCAGACCUUCACGGGAAACUGGUAGCCUAGAUCGACGGCGGAACUUACGCUCAAGUCGUCACGAGCGAGAUGGAAAAAGCCACAGUACACAUUCACUAAAAGAAAAUUCAUCUUCGUCCGAAUUUCAUAAACACGAUUCUAUGUCCAGCAAUCUCAGUUUAAAUUCUAAAGAUCAUCUGCAAGACUCGGGAAGCUUUCACAAUUACAACAUUGGUGAUAGUGGAAAUCCACAUCAACGUCAUGGCUAUCCACCUCAUCCUCAAAAUGCAUGUACAAGUCCUAGUAUGUGGGAACCACCACCACCGCCGCCAUUGUCUCCUUGGGAUCCACAAUACUACUGGAUUAAUCCGCAUUGUCGCCACCAAAGCAAAGAAGAGUUGAGAUUAAUCGACUAUCAUCGCCGGCAGCAAGAAUUGUACCAAUAUGGAAACAGAAGUGGGCUAAGUAGUAUGCAGGAUUUAUCUUGCUCUAGUGGCUGCUGUAAUCGAAACUAUUAUCAUCAUCCACCUCUGCCGGUUUGUUGCCCAUUGGAUCAUCGCACGCAAUGGAUCAACGAUGUUCAGCGCCAUGACACUGAUGAACGGCUACGACGUUUACAAAAGGACAAAGAAUCACUAGCUUUGCAAGAAACACUUACAGAGCAUAUGCAGACACAAUCUACAAAAAUAAGUGAAUUGGAAAACAUGUUAAAAGAGAAAAAUCAGCUGCUAUCCAGCGCAGAAGAUCUCCUGCAGCGAGAAAUGCUUUCGAGAUCUUCGCUUGAAACACAAAAAUUAGAGCUCAUGUCAGCGAUGAUGAGUGAGCUCAAACUUCAACAAGCUGCCCUAGAAAGAGAAAAUUUGGAACUUCGUACAACUUUUGUAACUAAUAGCGUGGCAUCUAGUGGAUUAUUCAAUGGAAGUCUUGCAAAUGGAUCAGGGAGUGGAUCAGCGAACAAUGUGCUUAAUAACAACAGCAUUACGUCUAGUUUGCUCAGAAGACCCCAGAUUAUUACGAAUACUAGAAUGGUAGGCAUGUCCGCCUCUACUCCAGGAGCUUCAAUGAUCUCGUCUCCAAUACAUCAUGGCAGCCAUGGGAGUUUACAACAAGCGGCAAUUAGUCCUAUUACUCCGAAGGUAAAUAAGCACCCACCGGCAUCUUAUCGACAACGUAUCGAUGUGCACUACAGUAGUCUUCCAAGACAAGCCUUUGCUACUACAUUAUCAACGGUUAGCACCUCCAGCGGCUCUUCAACAGCAACAGAUAGUAACGCCAACCCUAAACGAAACGUAGCUUUUGCUGAUGCAGAAAAUCGCGAUAAUGGGAUCUUAGAACACGGUGAAAGUGGUGUGCAGCCCACUCGCAGCUUCACCCCUCAACCUUCGCCAUCGCCGUCUAUGAGCCACAAAUUAAAGAACAUUUUUGGUAAGAUCAAAAGAAGUAACAGUGGAACCUUGGACGAUAUUACAACUCCGGAAGGUGAAUUUAAACGUGGAGGAGUUCGUGCAACCGCUGGGGCUCGUCUGGGUUGCAGUGGAUCGACUCCAUAUCGAAAACCUGAUAAACCGUUCCGCGAAUGGGAUGUAGAUACAAUCUGCCAUUGGUUCGAGCAUCUGGGUUUAAAUAUGUAUGAGGAAGAUUUACGAAAGUGGAUCAAAUCGAGCACGAUGCCUGGAAGCGAAUUGAUGAAAGCCUCGCCAGUAGAUAUUGAAAAAGAGUUAAGUUUGCGAAAUCCAUUGCAUCGAAAAAAGAUAGUGUUAGCUAUUGCCGAUAUUUCGGGGACGGUGGGAGACGACGGGUUGUUUGAGAACGCUGGAAAGCUGGAUUCAACAUGGGUUCAGCGAUGGUUAGACGAUGUUGGUUUGCCAUACAAAGAACCCUUCAUGGCGGCCCGAAUGGAUGGACGAAUGCUAAACAAAUUGACGAUGGACGAUUUGGGCCAUUUGCAAAUAUUUUGUUUGCACGUGGCUAGCAUUCGUCGCGGUAUACAACUUAUGCGUAAUGAAAAAUGGAAUCCCGAUUGUCAUAUUCGUCGGCCAUUGCAACUUGGAUUUAAUGCAAAAGACGAUGUAAGGUUAUGGACUUCGCAAAGAGUCCAUGAAUGGUUACGAGCCGUCGAUUUGGCAGAAUAUGCCCCUAAUUUGCGUGGAUCUGGAGUACAUGGAGCUCUCAUGAUAUUCGAAGUUAAAUUUACAGCCGAACUUUUUGCUGAUUUACUGAACAUACCUUCAAGCAAAACAUUGUUACGUCGACAUUGUACCCAUUUUAAGGAACUUCUGGGUCGGGAUAUCAUACAAGUGAAACGAGAGGCUGAAAAUACCCUUGGAUUCCAACCACUGACAAUUACGGCAAAAAUUAAGACGCCUAAAAAGUCUCAAUCCUUAAAACGGAAAAAAAGCAACAAAGGUGGCAAUCUGGGAGGAGAUGAAUGGAGUGAUUAUGUCUGCCCAAUGGGUGGUUCAGGUCAGGAACAUUUAUCGCCUGCAUCUUCUUCAGCUUAUGAUCGAACUAGCACAAAUCAAGGCAGCAAUACUCCAAUUUCUGCUUUCUGCCUUUACGUCAAAUGCUUCUUCUCUAAUACUAAUAUGUCACUAGCAUCGCC